AUGAUAAAAUUACUUAACCCUCAUCACUCGCACCAUUCACACUCAACCACCGCAACUCUUAAAACAGCUGAGAUCUUGUCCAAAUAUAGACCCAUUGCACCUAAGCCCGGGACGUCCCAAGCAAACGAUAAUGACACUUCUUCCUCUAUGUCUCACAAGAUCAGCCAAUCUCCUUACCUCCGCAACCUCUGGCCUCAGCUUCAAGCUCGGCCUACACGAACCCGCAAGCGAGGCCGAGGUGGUAUGGGUCCAGCGUCUCCUCUCGCCUUGAAGAGACCCAAGUCAUCUGUUUCUCCCACUACUACUACUACACAACGUGUGUUUGGCCCUAUUAAAACACUCUCGUUUCAGGCUUUUCCUCAUGGCUUACCUAACCUCGCACAAGUCGGCUACACCUUGGAGAAUGGUGGCGGCUCUUCUGCUUUGGUGACUCUGCCUCUUCUUCAGUGCUCUCCUCCUCCCUCCAAAUGCAUGGAACCGGAGAUCAAAGGAAAGGGUGUCAUUGAUCUGAACAAGACCGCAGAAGUAAUACAAGAGAGAGAUUUCUUGAAGCAACUACAAGGACCCAUCACCACAAGUACAACCACAACCACAAGCAGAGUCAUAGCGCCGCAGGCCAUAAGGCCCCUUUGUUCAAGGAUCAACGUGGCAUGCAUAAACCCUCCUACCUUCCCAUCUCCACCAUCUCAUCAAAUCAGCAUGAAAUCACCGCAAGAGGUCGAAGAAGAAUUCGAAUCCGACGACUUACCCGCUAUAAUAUCCGAUUCCAACAACAGGGUAAGGCUCGUGAACUCAGCUUACAAGGAGAUGAUGGGGCAGCCCGAGUGCUCGUGGCUAGAUUCGAUGGUGAGAGGGAAGAGGAUUUGUGGGGAUGUGAUGAUCCAUCUAUGUGAAUCCAAGAUUCCGGAGGAUAAUAUUGGGUUUUCUUGCUGGGUGAGGAUAGAGUGGGGAAGAGACGGUAAGGAGGAGUUCGUGCACGCGUUCUGCGAUGUGAUGAGACUUGCGUGCGAUUCCAAAGAUUACGUCUUUACGUGGAGGUUUCACAAAACCGCCGACUACAGAGAGACUUGUCAGUCAAGCUGCAGCGCUUAA